UAAAUAUUAUCCAUUCUUCCUUCCUUUCAUUUUCAGUAUAUUAAACAUCUUCUUUAUCCAUCCUUCUUCCAAGCGAUUAUUUGGACUAAACAAAGGGCUACAGCUAAAAACAAUCACAUUUAUUGACGAGUUACCCUAAUGUCAUGCACUGCGUACAUCGAAGGGAAAAAGUAAUGGUCUGUUGUAACCCACACGUGAGGGCAAUGGAAAUUAGAUGUGUCCUGAAAAUUUGUCCCUUUGCAUUUAAGUCGCGCUCUUCCCGUUCUACGUUGAUGAUGAUCGAAGUCCGCUGGUACUCGAAGAAAGCAAGGGCAGGGAAAGAGCAGAGUAAAGCUGAAAUAGAUGGAUAACUGAAUGGGAAAGGAACUCGUGAAUGGAUAAGGGGGUCGAACAGAAACACCGGAUUAGUCCGAAUUAAUCCAAUAUACUUUAUUAUUAUGAAAUGUGGUGGGAACAACUGUGAUCCUAACCCACACUACCUACAUCGAACUCGUCCCUCAUUCUCCAAACAAUCACUAGCCGUCCGAUCCACAAGAUCCCAUCAAAUAGACAUCAAUCAACAGCCUGGCGGAUCACGGCACCAGACCCAUCGGGCGUACGGCCCCAAUGGUCCGUCGGCAGCGCCCUCCCCGUAAUUUCAUUCAAAUUAAGGCCUCGCUGGCGCUGACGCUUGUGCUCUUUGCUCGGCCCGCCCCACGUCGUGCCGUGCUUAAGCCAAAAAGGAACCCUCGAGAUCCCUCUCUAUGUCUUUCCAAUAAAUGGAAUAGGUGAAGGGCUUUCUCUAGAUUUAUCAAAAAGGUCGUAUUCCCCCUCUUCUUUAUUUUUACUGUUCUUUUUGGAUCGCAAUUGUCUUUCCGCCAUGGCCACGCGGAGGCGGACCUUGCUCAAAGUUAUCGUCCUCGGCGACAGCGGUGUGGGAAAGACGUCGCUGAUGAACCAAUACGUGCACAAGAAGUUCAGCCAGCAAUAUAAAGCCACAAUCGGUGCUGAUUUUGUUACCAAGGAGAUUCUUGUUGAUGACAGACUUGUCACCUUGCAAAUCUGGGAUACAGCAGGACAAGAAAGGUUUCAGAGUCUUGGGGUCGCAUUUUACAGAGGGGCAGAUUGCUGUGUACUGGUCUAUGAUGUGAAUGUUCUUAGGUCAUUUGACACUCUUGACAACUGGCAUGAGGAGUUUCUGAAUCAGGCAAGCCCAUCGGAUCCUAAAACAUUUCCAUUUAUUUUACUUGGAAACAAGAUUGAUGUUGAUGGUGGGAACAGCAGAGUGGUCUCUGAGAAAAAAGCAAAAGAGUGGUGUGCUUCUAAAGGAAACAUACCUUACUUUGAGACUUCUGCAAAAGAGGAUUAUAAUGUUGAUGCUGCCUUCCUUUGUGUCGCUAAACUUGCUCUAGAGCAUGAUCGUGAUCAGGACAUAUACUUCCAAAACAUUCCAGAACCUAUUGCAGAAGCAGAGCAGAGCAGAGGAUGUGCCUGUUAGCAUGUGCUGUUAUAGCAUUCAUAAAUCACAUUUUUGUGCCCCCUUUAUCUGUUGGUUGAUCGAGAUAUUGCUUAUUUAAUUAAAGACGCUGGUCAUUUUUGUUCUUUCUUGCACAUGUACACUAUGUUCCUAUAUUGAGAUCAUUGUAUGACUUUCUAGUUUUGAUGGCUGAGUGAUUUGUAGGAAAGGGGAAACAAGGAAAGAAGAGAAAUGAAGAAAGCAACAUUUGGAGGAUUAAUCCAACUUGGGGUGGCAUGGUGGGGGACUAUCUGUAUUUCAGGUUAUGACGGGGACGUCUGUUGCUUCUGUAGACGCCUGCCUGCUACUAGUUUAUUUGUUGGGCCCCACUGGCAAUGCUAAACAAUUGACCAAAAAUAUGAUCAUUUGUUUUUUGGCUUGUCUGUUCAUUGUUUGGCUGUACAAUGGAUUGGUCUCUUAAUCAGAAAUGUUGUUUCCAUUUUGCUAUGUUCAUUAUUUAAA